UGGUAACCAUCCAGGUUCGAAAACUAAAACUGUAAAUAUUUUCUUUUAUCUUUUAUAUAUUUUGUAAUGACAUUGAAAUUUCUAAUUAUAAAUAAAACAUAAUAUUCAAAUUCUGUAAAAAAUGUCAAAAAGUGAUAAAGUAAACAAAAGUCAACGGAAAAGAAAACCGGCUACCGAUUUAACGAAAGACAAUCCCAGGAAUUCAAAACGCCGAAAAAAAAGUACUGAAAAUAAUUCAAAAAAUGGGUUGACACUAAAUAAUAAUAACACAGGAAGUAAAAGUAAGGUCUGUAAAAUAUGUAAUCAAAAUUUAAAUGAACUGAAGUUUCUUGAUUCGCUUCCUGAGGAUGCUGUUGAGGAAGUGAUCGCACUGGCUGAUAAUAAAUUAUCCUUCGAAACUGAGAUAGAUUUUUUGGAAGACUUUAGACCCACUUAUAGACUGAUGAACUUUAGUGUUUAUGAUGAUGAAGAUCAUUUAUGUAGAUUUGAUACCGGGUUGAUAGAAUCAAAUGUAUAUUUGUAUUGCUGCGGAGUAAUAUUGCCAAUCCAUGACAAGGAUCUAGCGAACCCAACUGGUACCUGGACCCAGAAAAUAGGCCCGAUAAAUGAGUGGUACACAACUGGGUACGAUGGUGGUCCCUAUCAACCCAUUUUACUCAGUUCCCCUUACGCUGAAUAUUAUUUGACUUCUCCAGCGGAUUCUUACAAACCUUUCAUGGAUCCAGUUGUUGAAAAAAUUUAUUUAAGCAAAGUCGUCAUUGAAUUUCUCACUUCAAGAGACGAUCCGACUUACGAAGACCUUCUGGAUGAGCUACAAACUGUAAAAUUGCCUGAAGGAGUGAGUCUGGCUGAAGAAUCAUUAUUGAAAUACGCUCAAUUUAUCUGUGACCAAGUGACGUCAUUUGACGUUAAUUCUGCAGAAGAUGACAGCGAUGAUUUUCCACUUCUUACUACAUCUUGCAUGCGUUCAAUAAUAAAAUUGACAGGUGCUACAGUAGGCAAUGACAUAAAGCAGACGAAAACCAAUGAAAUAUCUCCAGUGAAAAAAAAGUCAAUGCCAAAAAUGAUCCUUACUAAGCUGGUUUAUCAGAUAGUAAAUAAAUUUUUUUCAAAUGAAGAUGCUAAUAGCAAAGAACUGUUUGCUACGAGACAGUCAAUGAACUGCGGGACUUGCAUUGAAUGCCUGAAGCCUGAAUGCGGUCGCUGUGCAGCUUGUAGGAAAAAAAAAAAAUCUAGGAAUCAAGAUUCUGUUUGCGUAAAACGGAGGUGUCCGAACAAAGCCAUCGAGGCCGCUGACUCGGACACUGAAUCUCUGGAUAACAAGACAAAUUGUUUGAAAAAAAUUGAGGGUAUUCCUGAGUUACUUGAAAAUAUGAAAGUACCUUCGAAAAAAGUUAAAUGGAUCAGUUCACCUGUCAGCGUUACAGAUGAUCGCACUUAUUAUGGUAAAGCUGCUGUCAAUUCUACUACAAUAUACAUCAAUGACUUUGUCAAAAUAAAAUCAAAUAAUCCAAGAUUUGAAGUGAUUGCUAAAGUCGCGACCAUGUGGGAAAAAGACGGAGAGCAAAAAGCUCAUGUUAAUUGUUUUUAUAAUAGCAGAGACACUAUUUUAGGAGAUCUUGGUGAUAAGUAUGAGCUAUUUGCUAGCAGUCAAUGUGCUGAUAUAUUUUUACAGUGCAUUGACAGUCCUGCUGUGGUAAGGAAACGUAAUAUUCCAGUAAAGUGGGCUGAGUUAGGAGACACUGGGCUCAGUGUCAAAGGAUUUGCAUCAAAAGAGAAAGAUUAUUUUUAUCAAAUGCACUACUCUCCGGAGACUGCCAGGUUUGAGUAUUUAGACCUAGAUCCCAAGAAGCGUAGAGAUUCAUGUCUUGUUUGUUUGGGUAAAACUGAAGCCAAUUUCCAGCCGAAAGUACUUGAACUAGAUCUUGAAAAUCGAUCUUACGGUGCACUUUUGUAUAAAAAUGAGAAAUACAGAGUUAAAGACGGCGUGUACAUCAACCCGGCGGUUGUUAAAUUUAAAUACAAAUUUUCUAUCCCCGUUCCUGAGAAACUGAAGCAAGUGGAUGAGGAAUUGUACCCUGAGUACUGGAGAAAAUAUGCUACUGGAGAUCAUGUCAAGGGAUCUAAUUACGACACACCUGAACCUUUUGCUAUUGGAUGCGUCAAAGCUAUCUGCUCGAUGCGUGACUAUAAUUUGAAAGCUGAAGAUAUUUAUUUAGUUGUUAAUAAAAUGUACAGGAGUGAAAAUACACAUGAAAGUACUCGAGCUGCUAUGGCAGAUAUCAAUAUGUUGUUUUGGAGCGACGAAGAGGUAGAAGUACCUCUGACAGCAAUUAUGGGCAAGUGUAAUAUUUUUUACAAGCCUUCAGAAGCCGACGUUAAUUUUGUUAAUCAUCAGUUUUAUUUCACGCAUGCGUAUAAAGCCGAGGAAGAAUUAUUUGAGUCUCCCCCGGACGAUAUUAAGAAAAUGCUGGAAAAUAUUUCAGAGAACCAGGAGUCGAAGGAAGUGAAACCUUUGAAGACAUUAGAUAUUUUUGCCGGAUGCGGUGGGUUGUCUCAGGGGCUAUCAGCUGCGGGAGUUGCUGACGUGCGAUGGGCGAUUGAGAAAGACCCGGCAGCCGCGAGAGCUUUUGUAGAAAAUCACCCAGAUGUCAAGAUGUACGAAGGAGACUGUAAUGCUCUACUCGAUUCUAUUAUACAGAAAGAAAAAGAAAGUUUACCGCAGAAAGGUGACAUUGAAUUACUGUGUGGUGGACCUCCUUGCCAAGGCUUCAGUGGACUGAAUCGUUUUAACGGCAGUCAGUAUUCAAAUUUAAAGAACGCUUUGCUCUUUACAUUUUUAUCUUACUGUGAUUAUUACAGACCCAAGUAUGUUGUCAUGGAGAACGUCAAGAAUUUUGUCUUUCACCACAAAGGAUUGAUGCUGAAGCUCGCGAUGUACUGCUUUUUACAAAUCGGCUAUCAAUGCACAUUCGCUAUCCUCCAAGCGGGAAAUUUCGGUCUACCCCAGUCGCGCAGAAGAAUAAUUUUACUCGCAGCAGCACCUGGACAGAAAUUACCAGCCUUCCCAGAACCUUUGCACGUUUUCAGCAAACGCGCAUGGCAGCUAGACGUCGUGAUCGACGGGACGAAGUACUCUGGUAAUUUUUCAUGGAAAGAUUCGGCUCCUUACCGUACAAUCUGCGUCCGCGAUGCCAUCGGAGAUCUUCCCGCCAUCAGCAAUGGAGAAAAUAGAAUUCAAAUAAAUUAUCAAAACGACGUGUUGUCUUCUUUCCAACGAACCAUGCGGGGAAAUAAAACUACCGGAUUUAUCACCGAUCAUAUUUGUAAAAAAAUGUCUCCUCUUGUAGAAGCGCGGAUGUCUUACAUUCCAACGAAUGCCGGCGCAGACUGGCGCGAUCUUCCCAAUAUUAUUGUCGAACUGAGCGACGGAACCAGUACCAAAAAAUUAGAGUAUCGUCAUGAGGAUUCAUCAGGUAAAUUACGAGGAGUAUGCGCUUGUGCAGCUGGAGAAUUGUGUGAUUUAAAAGAUCGUCAGGAAAAUACAUUGAUACCCUGGUGUUUGCCGCACACUGGACAUCGUCACAACGGAUGGGCUGGGACUUAUGGUCGUUUGGAUUGGAAUGGAUUCUUUGGUACCACUAUCACUAAUCCUGAACCUUUAGGAAAGCAGGGUAGAGUUUUGCAUCCAGAACAAAAUCGCGUAGUGAGCGUACGUGAGUGUGCAAGAUCGCAAGGUUUCAAAGACAAUUAUGUAUUUAAUGGAUCUGUUAUUGAUAAGUACCGACAAAUUGGUAAUGCGGUGCCUCCACCACUUGCCCAAGCAAUUGGUUUGGAAAUUAAAAAAGUCCUAUUAUAAAGUAUUAAAUUAUUUAUACUGAUUGAUUAAUUAAUUAAUUAUUAUUUAAGUAGAAAUUAAUUUUGUUUUCAAAAGAGUAAGAUAUUUUGAUAAUAAAUAUAUUUAAUAAUUUAUAAUAAAUGGUAUUGAUU